AGCAGGCCCCACGGCUGCCUUUAUCUUCCUUCUUAUUCACAAUCUCAGCACCCAUUUGCAUACUCCCACAAAGCAUAUCAAUCUUCUCUCUCACUUACCAAAGUCUUUCACUCCACCCUCUCUAUCCACUAAUAAGAAUAUUUGAGACUCGCAGGAUAGAAACUGAGGAAUUAUGUUGUGUAUUUAAAACACUUUGCACAUAAUAUUGCACGUAGCUAGCUGGUGGUGUUCAGUUGAAAAGAGUGGAACUAGAGUAACUAAUUAAUGGGGAUUACUUCUCUACAAGUUUGCAUGGAUUCAUCUGACUGGUUACAGGGCACAAUUCACGAAGAGGGUGCAGUAGGCAUAGAUUCUUCUUCACCAUCUGACGGAGAUCACAUUAAUCUGACAUGCUCAAGGCCCUUAAUAGUAGAUCAAAGAAGGCUAAGACCCCCACAUGACCAUUCCAUCAAAUGCCCUCGUUGUGAAUCUACUCACACCAAAUUCUGUUACUACAACAAUUACAGCCUCUCUCAGCCUCGUUACUUCUGCAAGACUUGCCGUAGGUACUGGACUAAAGGUGGUACUUUACGAAACAUCCCUGUUGGUGGUGGCUGCCGCAAGAACAAAAAAGUUUCCUCCAAGAAAUCUAACUCUAAUAGUGAAAAUUUAGCUACUAAUAAUAGUAGCCAAAAUCUUCCAGAAAUGCCCUUUGCUCAUCAUCAGCUCAUGAGUAGUGCUAACUUUGGGCAUCAUGGUAAUUUCAUGGUUGAAAAUCAAACCCCAAUUAUUGAUUUCAUGGAAAGCAAGUACGAGGCUUUAGUGGGUACUACUUCAAGAAACCAAGAUUUUCUUGGGAAUGGUGAUAAUAUUGGAAUGAUGAGUAGUACUGGAUUUGGUCAUGAUAAUAUUAUUGCACCAAAUUUUCAAUUUGGAAUGACGACCAAUAUGGAUAAUGGGAACAACUUUGGAAUGUUGUUGCCUUACGAAAAUAAUCAUCAUCAUGAGGAACAACAAAAUAUUAACGCAGUUGAUGUGAAGCCAAAUCCCAAGAUGUUGUCACUGGAAUGGCAUGAUCAAGCUGGCAAAGAGUCAUUUGGGUAUUAUUCUGGUAAUGGUGGCCUAGGAUCUUGGACGGGCUUGAUGAAUGGUUGUUAUGGAUCAUCAGCAACGAACCCUAAUUUAGUCUGAAAAUUAAGUGUGAAUUAUUCACUUUGAUUAGUGAAUGUUUGUGAAUUAGGGUUCAUGCUAAUGCCACGUAGUAUCAUGAUGAGUUCAUGUUUUGAGCAUAUUAAUUAGGUAAAGAAUAUUUACCCGUUCUUAA